UGUUUUCAAGAAAAAAGUUGAGGUCAAUGAGUUGGCUUGGGGGCCAGUCUUUAGGCUUUUGCUGUGCCUGUGUGGAAUUCAACAGUGUCACUUUAGAGAGACACUGAUGUUUUUGGGCAGAAGUGCUAGAAGAAGGGGCAGGCGUAAGGACAAGAAUUAAAGAACAUUGAGAGAAAUGAAAGGAGGAGGUGGAUACUCAGGAGAAGAUGCGAUGUGACAAGUAGAAAAGACCUAUCUGUAGAAUGACACAAGGGAAGAGGAAAGCUUAACAUAGAAGAGAUGUGUAAAUGGGCUGAAACUAGUUAAAACUAGCUGCUGGAUGGAGUUGAAAGAUUUCACUGGACAAAAUGUGUCUUUGCAACACUUUAUAUACUAGGUGAUGGUAUUUUUCUGUUAACAGUUUGAGAAAUACAUGACUGUCCGUGCAUGGAAAUUAAACUCACCAUGCAAUGAUAUGCAACUGACUUCUUCCCUCAGAUAUGCCAAGCAUCUCCUUCUGCAAUUUAACUUCUUAAAAAUCAUCUUUACUUAGUCUGUGUAAUAGGCUUUCUUUCUCCCAUCCUCAAGUUUGGUGGAUAUGUUUUACUAUUUGUUUAUCUGACCAUCAUUUUUCAUGCCUCCUAUCUCUUACAAACAUGAGUAUCUUUAUCAGAACCUCCCACUUUUUUUUUUCCCCCUACUUUAAACUGCACUUUAAAGAUAACUUCUGGGAAGCACUGUAAUGUGAGGUUUACUUAAUCCAUGCAUGUGUUCUUUUUCUCUCAGCUUCUUUUUCCCUCACCAGAUAAUGCAAAAAUUAAUAGCUCUUCUAUGAUCGUAAAUUUGUAGGGGUGCAAGAAAGUACUGGAAAUUCAUCUGUCCUUUGGUUGCCACGUAAAUCUGAAGGAGCAUGAGCCUAAAACAGGGCAAUGAGGUGACUUUAGCAAAGGUAGUGGAAUAUUACUUCUGAAUUAAGGGGAUUGUGUAUCAAGCAUGUUUUAAAGAGGGGCAGUCUUGAUCUUGGUCUCUUUGUAUCAAGCACAAAUCUCUGUGAGGCAGGAUCUUAGGUCCAGUUACUGCAGGAUGUUUUCAUUCAUGUCUAAGAAACUAUAAAUUUUAAAGGUGAUGCUAGGAAAGGUAACAAUAGUUGCAGAGGAUAGAAGUUGAAUUUAAAGUUAAUUAGGAGACAUUAUCUGGAAAAAAACAGCAGGUGGUUUGUUAGGGACAACCGCAAGCUACAGCAUGUUAAUAAAAAUGGUCAACUCUACCUCCUCUAUGGAGACUAGACCAUAAUCAUGAAGAAGAGGAUCCAAAUGUGAUAGUAGAUCACAACAUAAAUAUCAGACAUGAUAAAGCAUGUGAAGUAAUCCUGCUUUAUUUGAUGCUGUUGGGGCCUCAAGUAGAGCACUGUGCUUGGUUUUGGGCACUGUACUUUGAGAAAGAUGUGGCCGAACUAGAGAAAGUUCAGAAGGGGAUAUGAAGAAUGAUCAGAGGUCUAGAAAAGCGAAAGCCUGGAAGAAAGGGGUCCAUUUAGUCUACAGAAGGAAAAGCUGAGUAGAGAUGCAAGUCUUAAGCUGCAUAAAAGUGUUUAUUAUUACAUAAAGCUGUAAACUUUGCUUUAUCCACUGGGAAUAAGACAAAGAAAUGGUCUUAAAUUAUAGGAAGAAAGAUUUUAGGAUGCUAUUUGAUCUUACACUUCCCCUUCAUCCUGUAGUUCAUUCACGUAUUUUUUCUCCUCUGUUGUUUAUAAUGUGGCACUUUUAUAGCUUAAAGUCAUAAGCUGGUAUGAUGGAAGCAUCUGAACAGGGGGAAGGAAUAGGGAAGGAGAGGUUGUUUGUCUGACAGCUGGUUUUCUGUCAGGUCAACUUCUUUAACCUACUCGCCCUCUGACUGCAUCACCACUGGAUUCAAUGGGAGGGAAAUAGCAGGAGCACAUGGCAAGGGGGGAGUGGGAUUAUAUGUAACGUCAAACUGCACCCUCAGGCUAGAUAUUAGGAUAAUCUGCCUAAUGGCAAAGAUAAUGAAGCACUGAAAUAGGCUGCCUGAGGAGGGUGUGACAUCUACCUCAGUGGUGUUUUUUUAAGAACAAACUAGACACACAUCUACUGGGAGUAAUUCUGACGCAGUCUGGCUUUUUGCCCGUGGCUGGGGUCAACUAAGUGAUCAACUUCUUGAAAUACUGUCCAAUCCCACUUUCUGUGAUUUGUGCAACUUUUUUAGUAGAUACAAGCAAUAAGAUUAAUCUUUUAGGUUUUGAUUUAGAAGUGUUUCCCACUUGCCAUGUAGGCUCUUCAGUGACUGGGCCUGAUAUAUGGGAGACAAAGAGGAGUAGCGGUCUUGAGCUUUGUCCACAAUCAGCAAGAUUAAUGCAUUUUAAAACCGCGGUUUAUAAGUCCUGACUGGUGUGAUUGUUGAAGUGCUUCUGGUAGCACACAAGUGCUCAGGUGUGUUUCAUGAGCUAUGCAGAUACUGCUUAGAUUUGCUUUUGGUAAGGGUAUGUUCUGGCCCCCUUCAAAUAAUUUUAGGACUAAAAGAACAGUCCUGGACUACAGGUAGGCUAACUGUGAGGUAGACUCUUCUUACAAAUUUAAUUGUGUAUAAAUUUAGUGAUUACCUAUUUAGAAGGUAAUCAGAUCAGGAAAUUUUUUUGGAAAGAACUAGUCCAAAAGCAGGGCAAAACUAGAAUGCUUCGGUUUAGGAACUGUGGAAGUAGUGUUUGUGCUGAAAUAUAUGCCAUGCUGAUUCAUUUGGGACCUGUAAUCUAGAAUAGGCAUAUUCUACCUAUAGUGUUUGUGCUACUUAAAACAACCCAUCCCCCACCCCCCCAACCAAAAAAAAACCCAAAAGAAAUAACUUUUGGGGGGGAGCCCUUCUUUUUUUUUUUCUUUUUUUUCUUUUUUUUUUCCCCCUGAAUCUUGGGGUGUGCAGCAUGCACAAACCAUUCUGAAGUGGGCAGACCGUGAAGAAGACAAGGCACUUUUUAUUCUUCUGGGAGGUCCACUUUGGGUCAACAGAAACUAGAAGACUGUCAAAUGUGAACACAAAGUGUUUGUCUACUCAAGAAUCUAUUUCAGGAUAACUAUCCCAAGAUUUGAAAUGCAAACUUUCUUUUUAGGAGGAGAUGACCGCCGGGUUUUACUUUGGCAUAUGGAAGAAGCCAUCCACUCAAGAGUCAAACCAGUUCAGCUGAAAGGGGAGCAUCACUCUAAUAUCUUCUGCCUAGCUUUCAACAGUGGCAAUACAAAAGUGUUCUCUGGAGGCAAUGAUGAGCAAGUUAUACUCCAUGAUGUUGAAAGCACUGAGACCUUGGAUGUGUUUGCCCAUGAAGAUGCAGUGUAUGGCCUUUCAGUGAGCCCAGUAAAUGACAACAUCUUUGCCAGUUCAUCAGAUGAUGGCCGGGUUCUUAUUUGGGACAUCCGAGAGUCUUCCCAUGGAGAGCCCUUCUGCUUGGCACACUACCCAUCAGCCUUUCACAGUGUGAUGUUUAAUCCAGUAGAACCUAGAUUACUGGCCACUGCCAACUCUAAGGAAGGUGUGGGACUCUGGGAUAUUCGUAAACCUCAGAGUUCACUGCUCCGCUAUGGUGGAAACCUCUCCCUUCAGAGUGCCAUGAGUGUCCGGUUCAACAGCAAUGGAACCCAGCUGCUGGCACUGCGUCGGCGCCUUCCCCCAGUCCUCUAUGACAUCCACUGCCGGCUGCCUGUCUUCCAGUUUGACAACCAAGGGUACUUCAACUCAUGUACCAUGAAGAGCUGCUGUUUUGCAGGUGAUCGUGAUCAGUACAUCCUGUCGGGCUCUGAUGACUUCAAUUUGUAUAUGUGGAGGAUUCCUCCAGAUCCAGAAGCAGGUGGCAUUGGCAGGGUCGUCAAUGGUGCUUUCAUGGUAUUGAAAGGUCAUCGGUCAAUUGUAAACCAAGUCCGCUUUAAUCCUCACACUUACAUGAUAUGUUCUUCUGGUGUUGAAAAAAUUAUAAAGAUAUGGAGUCCGUACAAGCAGCCUGACUGCACAGGGGAUCUGGAUGGUAGAAUUGAGGAUGAUUCACGUUGCCUCUACACUCAUGAAGAGUACAUCAGUCUUGUCUUGAACAGUGGUAGUGGUUUGUCCCAUGAUUAUGCCAACCAGUCAGUCCAGGAAGAUCCGCGGAUGAUGGCCUUUUUUGACUCCCUGGUGCGCCGGGAGAUUGAGGGAUGGAGUUCUGACUCAGACAGUGACCUCAGUGAGAGCACAAUCCUGCAGCUCCACGCAGGAGUAAGUGAACGCUCUGCUUACAGUGAGUCGGAGUCCUCCGCCUCUUUGCAUCACUCCCCACCACAUGUGGCUGAAGAGUCUGAUGAAACUGCCUAUAACUUAAGGGCCUUAAGAUCAACUGAAUCCCCCUCAGCCAGAGAAGACGUGGCUUCCCGUCAGCAGAGGCUCUCUGCACUGAGAAAGUAUCAGGAUAAACGUCUCCUGGCCCUUUCCAAUGAGUCUGACUCUGAUGACAAUACCUGUGAGGCAGAACUAGAUACAGACCUUUUCCCACGGCCGCGGUCCCCGAGUCCUGAGGAGAAUGAAUCCAGCAGUUCCAGCAGCAGCAGCAGUACAGAAGAUGAAGAGGAAUUGAAUGAACGACGCACAUCUAUGAGGCAACGCAAUGCGCUGAGGCGCCGACAGAAGGUGCAAAAGGAGGAAAGGACUAGCACUAACACGGAGAAUGUGACCCCCUACAUAGGUGAGGACAUCUAUGAUUACCCACAGAUCAAAGUAGAUGACCUUUCUUCUUCUCCAGCUUCUUCACCAGAAAGGAGUUCAGCCAUCAAAGAAGUUCACAAAGAAAGGAUGUCUCCUUGUUCAGACAGUGAAUCAGUGGAGAGAAAGAUUUACAAAGCUUACAAAUGGCUUCAUUAUUCUUACAUAUCAUAUUCAGCUAGUAAAGAUGGUGAAUCCUCCAGAGGAGAUGGAGAGAAUGAUGAUGGGAAACCAGGAACUAGUGGAAGGCACAGUACAGCACACUUGCUAAAUAAGGAAGAUGCUAGGAACUUGAGUUCAGUAGUUCCUCAAGGUUCCCCAGCUCUUUCUACUGAAAGCCGCAACAAAGAACCUUUAAAAGAAUGUGGCUUGAUAGAAAAUUCUAGUAAUGGUCAAGCUCAUGAAUGUGACAAUCAGCGGCAUAUGGAGGGUCAAGAAAACACAUCUGAAGACACUAGCAGUGGAGGUAUAGAGCAUUCUUUUGAGACUAAAAAGCUCAAUGGAAAAGCUAACUGCAAAGGGCUAAAUAGUUGUACUGAAGAACCUUGCAUUCAGACUGGAGGACUUGUGGAACAGAAAAAUAGUCAGAACUGUCAACCAGCAUCAAGCCAUCACUCACUGGUCCCUCCGUUCUCCACUGUUGCCAUCCAUAGCGUGUCGGGUCACUGCUCCAGAAACCAGACUGAUGACAGUGAGGAGAGGAGCCUCGACACCUCCUGUGUUAACCACAAUAACGGCCACUUGCAUCUUCGCCCUUCAUGCUUCAACAAUGGACAGAGUUUUGGGGAGCAGGAGACUGUGACGCAAGGACUACAGGUGCACUCAAAUGCUGAUAAUGGCAACCUUGUACAGAUGGGCGUGACCUUGCACAAAGACUGCUGCCUGUCUGAAAUGGACUCCAACAGCUACAAUGUGAGCACAAGAGAGGAUACUGCUGACUUCCAUCCGAUGGGCAGUGAGAGCACUCAGUCUCUCGGAGGACUGAAAAGACACAGAGCGGAGUUGGAAGAUGCAGAUUCAGAGUCUUCAUCCUUAGAAAAGAAGUUAAAAACAUGAUAAAUGCAAAUGUCUGUCGUAGUGUGCACUCUCAAAAAAAAAAAAAAGGAAAAAGAAAGUAUUAAAGGCACAUAGAGCUUGGGUCUGACACAUUGCGUUUGAUUCUCCAUUCCAUUCUUCAGUGGGUCUGUUUUAGAUUGCCAAUGGUUCAUGCUGUAUAAAAUCCAACUUACUCCUUAAUGAGACUGAGUCUAGUGUACCCAUACAAGGUUCUGUUUAAAGUAAAUCCUUAUUAAGACGGUUGACUGAA